AUGGCUGGUUCUGGCGAUCCCCCGGGCGGCUCCUCGUCGACUAACCCCACCGGGGCAGCCGCGCCCGCGCCGCCGACAGCGACCCCAGCAGUGGUUACGGCGGCAGCCUUCCCGCAAUUCGUUUUUGCGCCGGCAAACCCGGCCCCUGCUGGUAAGUCUUUGCUCGACCUUUUCCCCUCCAUUGAGGGCUCCGUCCUCCUCGAGAUCGCGCGACAUGAGUUCCGGCCGGGCGACCUCUAUAAGCUCGACCCGCGCCACAAGGACCGUGCCACCCGGCAGGUCCUUGACGUGAGCAGUGGCGUUGUUUCGGUGCGCGAUCAGGCGCCCCGGGACUACCCCAAUUUCCAUUCGCUCUACCUUCCCCUUAUUACAUUUUUUAACGUGCUCGGAGGGUUCGCGAGCACGGGCGGCGACGCCAUUGCGCUUUACCAGCUUACUUCGAGCAGCUCCGAGUACCUCGCUCGGAUGGUUCAGUUUAGUCAGGAUUACCAGUGGUCGGCCGUUCUGGCCUACCACUUCGACUUCCACUACAAGCGUCGCCGGGAGAUGCUCCGUGGCGACUAUUCCGGCUGGGCGACCAUCGAUACAAGCCUCCAAGCGGAGCACCUCAUCGGCCGGGAACGAGCGCGCCCCUCGGGCACCCCGAAAGGAUCUGCCGGUGGCUCCAGUCGUCCGCGCGACACGGAGCCAUGCCGCAACUUCAACAAGGGGACAUGUGCUUCCCCUUGCCACUGGAAUCGCCCCCACAAGUGCCUGGGGUGCGGCGCGACCGACCACGGGCAAUCAGCCUGUCGCCCACACCUCACCUGA